AUGCGACUAUUUGCACUGGUGAUUGCCAGCUCGUUGUUGCCUUUCGCCUUUCUCGCGGAAAACUCAACGGAAAUAGCGACUGAAAGGCAAUUCUCGUUAAAAAACGUCGCCCGAGAACGCCGCAUUCUUCAGAAGAAGCGGCGGAAAAUGAAAGAGUUGCGCGAAGAAAUACGCGUGCUUUCACUGCAGCUUGCGGAGCAAGCUACGAAGCAUACUGCGCAGAUUGACACGCUUGGAACGGCAGAUAGGAAAGCUCCAACGCGGAAGGAACAGAAAGAA